CGAAGUGAAAUUGAUUGGAGUUUGGUGAACCGUGCGUGAUAUUGCAUUCGGAUGGGCUGCUGCUUCUCCAAGGAAGACGAAGGCGGGUUCGAAGCCAAGGAGCGCCUCCUCCCCAAGGGAGCCAAAGAAGUGAGAGCCCGUGAGGCACCCAAGGCACGGUCGAUCCCCGCGCCGUAUGAGGCCCCUCAACUCCCCAAGACAGUCCAGUCCCCUUCCCCCGAAAAGGAACAACAAGUUGCCAAUUCUGUUGAAGCUGCUGCCAAGGUGCCAACGCCUGCCGCCGCCGCGGUUACGAAGGAAGUGGUUGAAGUCGCUGCUAUUGUGACUGCGGCUGCCCCUACUGGCGUCGCAACAGUUGCCGCCCCUGUCGUCGCUGCAGUCGUCGACGAAGUCAGCCCUGCUUCGCGAAAAGCCACCGCUGAAGCUGCGGUCCUCUCGCCCAAAAAGCCAGCUUCGCGCAAGUCCUCUGCGGACAAUACGGCAUCACCCAAGGCUUCUGCCUCGCCCAAGAAACCACGAAAAAUGUCCUUGGUUGAAGUGCCUGAACCUGCACCCGUCGCUUCUCCUGUCAUCGAAGAGGUCGAAGCUCCCGUCUUCGUGGCUGCUUCACCCAAGAAACCAGUGUCGCGCAAGUCUUCGGUCGACCCUCCAUCCGUCACGUCGUCACCAAAAAAGCCCUCGUCUCGUAAAUCUUCUGCAGGCUCGGCUGAACCCAGCGAGUACGUCGUAGUUGAGGCCCCAGUCGAGUCACCAAGGAAGGCGUCAUCUCGAAAGGCGUCGAUGGAAGUUGCCGUUGAAUCGCCCAAGCAUCCCGUGUCUCGCAAAACGUCGUUAGUCGAAGUGGCUGAACCUGCACCAGUGGAAGAUGCCGCAGUUGCCGAACCCGAGCCCGUGGAAGCUGCUGAAAUCGCAGAAGUUGACGAACCCGCGCCCGUGGAAGACGCUGCUGAAGCCGAGCCCGUGGAAGUUGCUGAAGAUGCUGCUGAAGCCGAACCCGUGGAAGAUGCUGCAGUUGCUGAAGCUGAGGCCGUGGAAGAUGUUGAUGUUGCUGCUGAAGCUGAGCCCGCGGAAGAGGCUGCAGUUUCUGAAGCCGAGCCCGCGGAAAAUGCUGAAGUUGCUGAAGCCGAGCCCGUGGAAGAUGAAGUUGAAGAACUCGCCCCCGUAGAAGUUGCUGAAGAUGCUGCUGAAGCCGAGCGUGUUGAAGUUGUCGAAGGUGUUGAAGCCGAGCCCGUGGAAGUUGCUGAAGUUGAUGAACCCGUCGUCGAAGAACCUGUUGUAGCUGCACCUGCACCCGCCGUCGAAGCGAUCAAGGACGAAGCUGCGGAAGCAGGUGAUUCCGGCAAGGAUGACGACGAAGGUCCUACCGACGCUCCCAAGUCCAAAAAGAAGAAGAAGAAGGGUAAGAAGAAUCGCGGCAACUAAGCGGCAACAACGAUAGUUUUAACCGCAUUUUUAACAUCACCAUCAACAACGAACGCUUGAAGCGUUGUGCUUAUCCAUG